AUGUUGCUCGUAUUGUUCGCUGUCGUUUCCGUUGCCCUUGCUCAAAAGGAGUGUUCCCACGGCAGGGACACGGGUAUGAGUUGUGAUGAGGAAGGAGGGCAACGAUUUUUCUUCGAUGAUCACACGAAAAGAUGUCAGCCAUUUUACUACAAGGGUUGUGGAGGUAACGAAAACAGAUUCAAAACCCGGGAAGAGUGCCAGAAGAAGUGCGGAAAUGUGAAAUCAGAUAGUGCUACUGCUGUGCAUGCCGUCUGUAAAUCUGGCGCUUUUGCCGCUGGCGCCACUUCGCUUGCCAAACCGCUAUCUUGUGAAGAAUGUCCCAAAGGCUACCAAUGCGAGGGUAAACUCUGCUGCCCGAAGAAAGAGUAUCUCUGCAAUCUGCAAUAUGAUGCUGGCAAAUUUGGCAAUAAGGGAUCACAUUCACCAAGGUAUUUCUACAGUAAAAACUACAAGAACUGUAUGCUCUUCACUUUCUUCGGACAAGACGGCAAUGCGAACAACUUCGAAUCGUACAACAAAUGCAAAGAAUUCUGUAUGUAG